AAUUCAUUAGAAGAAUUUCAUUUUUGGAAAUUGGAAGAGGAAAAAACAACUAGAUCAUUUUUUGUAAAGAAUCGUAGUUCCAGUAAUGUUUCAAAUGGCACUAAAACAAUAUAUAAUUGUCAUAGGUCAGGAAAAUACAUUGCUAAAGGAAACAAUAAAAGACAUUUAAAAUACAAAGGCUCUAACAAAAUAAAUGCUUUCUGUCCAGCCAAUAUUACAGUCAUUCAAGAAGCAAAUAUCUGCAAGGUAGAUUAUGUUAAGAUGCAUAUUGGACAUCAGAAUAACUUAGGUCAUUUAUUUUUAAGUCAGGAAAAAAAAGCGGGAAUUAGCUAGUAAAAUAGCUGCAAAGAUUCCAUUAGCUGCCAUUUUAGAUGAAAUUAGAGAUUCUAUGACAAGUGCAAAUUUUUCAAGGAUUCAUCUUCUAACUAAAAAAGAUUUGCAUAAUAUUGAACAAACAUACAAUCUAAAUGCAACACCUGUCAGACAUAGGAAUGAUGCCAUAAGUGUCCAAGCAUGGGUAAAUGAACUACAAAAAAGUAAUAGUGUACUUUUCUAUAAACCGCAAGAUGAUUUAUCAGAAGAGCACUCAUGUUUAAAAAGAGAAGAUUUUGUUUUAAUUCUAAUGACCGAAGGUCAAAAGGAGAUGCUUGACAAAUUUGGGGGUGAUUGCAUUUGUGUAGACGGAACACACGGAAUAACUAGUUACGGAUUUGAAUUGGUAACAUUAUUGGUUCUUGAUGAUAUGCGAGAGGGAUUUCCAUGUGCAUUUAUGAUAUCCAAUAGAACAGAUGAAGACGUUAUGUGCAUAUUAUUUUCUUGUAUUAGAAAAAGUUUGCAAUCAAAAAUUUCGCCCAAAGUAUUCAUGUCGGAUAUGGCAGAAUCAUUUUUUAAUGCAUGGAUAAAAAUUAUGAGUCCUCCAGAAUACAGGCUAUAUUGUUGUUGGCAUGUAGACCGCGCAUGGAGGAAGAAUCUUUCGAAGAUUUCUGCUAAGGAUAUGCAAGUAGUGGUCUACCAACAAUUGCGUACCUUGCUUCAAGAAACGGAUGUAAAAGCAUUUUCACUUAUGUUGGAGACAUUUUUAAAAAGCCUCUACGAAAAUGAGGCUACCUUGGAGUUUGCAAAUUAUUUUAAAAUCCAUUAUGCUAAUAAAGUUGAUAGUUGGGCUUAUAGUUAUCGUCUAAAUAGCGGUUUGAACACGAACAUGCAUUUAGAACGUAUGCAUCAUACCAUAAAGUAUAUCUAUCUAAAAGGCAAACAUAACAAGAGACUAGAUAGGGCUAUUUCUGCUCUAUUGAAGUUUGUAAGAGAUAAACUGUUUGAUCAAUUAAUAACAAUUCAUAAAGGUAAACUGUGUACUAAAUUGAGAGAACUAAGGUCGAGGCAUAAGUCAAGCCAAGAACUUGAUCACAACUUAGUGAUAAAAAUGGAUACUGUUUGGCAAGUUCCUUCAUCCACAACUCAGGAAAUAUAUUUGGUAGAGCAAAGGAAAGUUGAUUGUGCUUGUAAAAUCGUUUGCUUGGAAUGUGAUGCUUGCUUUCACCAAUAUUCGUGUACAUGUAUAGAUUCAAGCGUCAGAUAUAAUAUGUGUAAACAUAUACAUUUAGUAUGCCGAUAUGAACAACACCUACCGGGUGAAAAAAAUGCAGAAUCACUUAUAACAGAAACGGACUCGGAUCAAGAUGGCAAUGCCCUAAUAAUUCAAGAAUGUACUUCUGAAAAUAAAAUACAGGAUUUAGUUAAGGUAUUAAGUUCUAAGGAAACUGAAGAUGGUGAUAAUGAUGCCAAGUUAGACAAAGAAAAAUUAAAUUUAAAAAACUGGAUAUGGGAUCAAAUUGAUAAAAUCUCCUCAAUGACAGAGCUAAAUGAAAUCAAACGUUUAACCGCUCCAAUUGAAGCUGUGCUAAACGCAGUUAAGGAAGGAAGCACAUCAAUAAAAAUACCAGAAGAAAAUAUAAAGAUUCCGCACAAUAAAAAUAUUGUUAAACAAAGGAGAUUGUUUUCGGUUAAGAAAAAAUCUAAAAGGGAAAAUCAGCGUGUUAACAAACCUUCUAUUAGUGAUAUUCAAAAUACCGCUGUAAAAUUGUUACAUCCUUAAUAAAUUUGUAAUAUAACUAUUACACAUA